AAGGAGAUUCAAGAUGGCGGCGAGUGUCGUUCGUCAGUGUGGUCGCCAUUUUCUGGGCAAAUCAUUAAUCCGCCGUGUUCCUGUUGUUUCUUCUGUCCGACAUCUACGUCGGCUCCCUGUAAGUGAGGUUGAAGAGGAAAUGAAACCGCUGAAGUUGCAGGGCGAAUUAGCCUCCAUGGCAGGAACUAUUAUGUACCCUAAUGAAGAAUCUGCUAAGUGGGAUGUUGAUGUUCCUAUUCAGGAAAAGCUGGUUACAAACAUGACAGUCAACUUUGGUCCCCAACAUCCAGCUGCCCAUGGAGUGUUGAGGCUUGUUUUGGAACUUGAUGGAGAGGUGAUUAUGCGUGCAGAUCCACACAUUGGUCUUUUGCAUCGUGCAACAGAGAAGUUGAUAGAAUACAAAACAUAUCUGCAGGCCCUGCCUUACUUCGAUCGCCUGGAUUAUGUCUCCAUGAUGACAAAUGAGCAGUGUUACUCCUUGGCAGUGGAGAGACUUCUUAACAUCGACAUUCCAGAAAGAGCUAAAUGGAUUAGAGUGUUAUUUGCAGAGAUCACCAGAAUACUGAACCACAUCAUGGGUGUAGGUACUCAUGCUCUUGAUGUAGGUGCCAUGACACCAUUCUUUUGGUUGUUUGAAGAGAGAGAAAAGUUGAUGGAAUUUUAUGAACGUGUGUCUGGUGCACGCAUGCAUGCAGCCUAUGUAAGACCAGGAGGAGUUUCCCUGGAUAUGCCAAUUGGUUUAAUGGAUGACAUUUAUGACUUCAUUUCAAAGUUUGCUGAGAGAAUAGAUGACCUUGAAGAGAUGUUGACAAACAACAGAAUCUGGAAACAGCGCACAGUUGAUAUUGGAGUGGUAACAGUGGAAGAUGCUCUUAAUUGGGGUUUCAGUGGAGUCAUGUUGCGUGGAUCUGGAAUCAAGUGGGAUCUGCGAAAAUCCCAGCCGUAUGAUGCCUAUGAUAAAGUGGAAUUUGAUGUUCCCAUCGGCAAAAAUGGAGACUGUUAUGACAGGUAUUUGAUCAGAGUGGAGGAAAUGCGGCAGAGUUUGAGAAUUAUUGAACAGUGUCUGAACAAGAUGCCUGCAGGAGAGAUUAAAGUAGAUGAUGCCAAAAUCUCACCACCAAAGAGGGCAGAAAUGAAGGAGUCUAUGGAAGCACUUAUUCACCAUUUCAAGCUCUACACGGAAGGUUAUCAAGUGCCACCGGGUACAACAUACACAGCGAUUGAGGCCCCUAAGGGAGAGUUUGGUGUUUAUCUUGUUUCGGACGGCACUAGCAGGCCUUACCGCUGUAAAAUAAAAGCUCCUGGAUUUGCACAUUUGGCUGGUUUGGAAAUGAUGUCCACUGGACAUAUGUUGGCUGAUGUUGUGGCCAUUAUUGGCACCCUUGAUGUCGUCUUUGGAGAAAUCGAUCGCUAAGCUCCUUAGUAAUCGGUAAAAUUAAGGUUUUCUUGCAUCAGAUGGUUAACUUUACAGCAUGUCUUUAUGACGUACUAUAUUUUUUAAAAAGUUAAGUGCAUAUGUUGAAUGAUAUUGUGUGCUACUGUCCGAAUUCUGGUUUUCUUAGAAGUUUUAUUGUUUUCAUCUCUGCCCCUCUUUGUAUUAAGGUGGAAAACUAUUAUCUGCAACUUGAACACAUUUCUUGAAAACGCGUUUCACAUGGAGAAAUGGUUGCGUGACGACUCAAAUUACAUCUGUGAAGGACAUGAAUGGCUGUCAGUAUAACUUUGUAAAAUAGAAGGAAAUUUCAAUAAACAACCUCUUAAGAUAAAUGGCAUUUUAUUGAAUUCUACAUAUUUUGGCGCCUUUACUGUUCUUUUCAUUCUUUUACUUGUCAAGGAAGGAAUUGUUGAGCGUAAGAAAAGACUGCACAUUUUUCUGUGUAACAAAAUGGCUCACAGAAAUUACACUUGUUUCGUAAUCGAUCGCAAGCAGAAAAAUAAACAAUUUUUUGAAGGUAAUAUUAUCAAGAUGGGCUAGAAACUUGAACAGGAACUUUGGUGAAAGAAGAACCUUAUUUUAGCUUUAUUUUCUAAACAGCAACCGCAAGGUUAAAAAGUCAAGGAAACAAUACUAUUUGUAGAAAAUCUCUUUCGUUAUUAAAUUUUUAAGUAACAAUU